GCCGCUCUGUGAUUGGUCCAGCGGUAGAACGUGUUCCAAGAUGGCGGGGGAGAGCAACAUCCGCACGGCCUUGUCCAACCCUGCCGGCUGGCAGUCCCUUCUCUCCUUCUCCAUCCUCGCCCUGGCCUACCUGGCCGCCUUCAGCAGCCGCCUGUUCGCCGUCAUACGCUUCGAGAGCAUCAUCCACGAGUUUGAUCCGUGGUUUAACUACAGGUCCACGCACCACCUGGUCAACUAUGGCUUCUAUAACUUCCUCAACUGGUUUGAUGAGAGAGCGUGGUAUCCUCUAGGGAGGAUAGUAGGGGGGACGGUGUACCCAGGUCUGAUGGUAACAGCAGGCACCAUCCACUGGUUACUCAACAGUCUCCACAUCACUGUACAUAUCAGAGAUGUCUGUGUGUUCUUAGCUCCAACCUUCAGUGGGUUGACAUCCAUAGCAACAUACUUGUUAACCAAAGAAUUAUGGAGCCAAGGGGCGGGGCUACUAGCAGCAUGCUUCAUCGCAAUAGUUCCUGGCUACAUCUCCAGAUCAGUAGCAGGGUCUUAUGACAAUGAGGGAAUCGCCAUCUUUGCCUUACUUUUUACUUACUUUCUAUGGGUUAAAUCAGUAAAGACAGGGUCUAUAUUCUGGGCAGGAUGUACAGCAUUGGCAUAUUUCUAUAUGGUGUCUGCCUGGGGAGGGUAUGUCUACAUCAUCAACCUCAUCCCGCUGCACGUGUUUGUACUGCUUCUCAUGGGCAGGUUCUCCUACAGGAUAUUUGUGGCGUACUGUGCGUUCUUCAUCCUGGGGCUGCUGCUGUCCAUGCAGAUCCCCUUCGUCGGCUUCCAGCCAAUCAGGACCAGCGAACACAUGGCGUCAGCCGGUGUGUUUGCCCUCCUGAUUGCGUACGGGUUCCUGAAGUACCUGCACACGCACCUGAGUAGUCUCACCAAGUCUGAGAUGAGGUCGCUCUUCUUCUUCGCUGUAGCUGCUUCAGCGGCCGCAGUCCUCAUGGCUGUGGUGUACCUGACGUAUGCAGGUUAUGUUGCACCAUGGAGUGGGAGAUUCUACUCUCUAUAUGACACGGGGUAUGCUAAGAUCCACAUCCCGAUCAUCGCGUCAGUGUCGGAGCACCAGCCGACCACCUGGGUCUCCUUCUUCUUCGACCUGCACGUGUUAGUCUGCACGUUUCCCGCCGGCGUCUGGUUCUGCAUCAAGAAGAUUAACGACGAGAGAGUCUUCAUUGUGCUGUACGCCAUCAGUGCCAGCUACUUUGCCGGAGUGAUGGUUCGUCUCAUGCUGACCCUGACGCCUGUGGUCUGCAUUCUCUCCGCCAUCGCGUUCUCUAACGUACUGGAACGCUACCUCGUGGACGACACGCCGAAAGUCCACCACAUCGAGGACGAAAGCGAAGAUGACGAAGAGGGUGACAAAAGAAACAAAAGCAAAGAUCUGUAUGAUAAGGUAACCAAAACAGCAGGGAAGGUGAGGAAGAUUCGCCACGAGCCCAGCGGGGAGCCGGAGAGUCUGGGCGGGAACGUGAAGACCAUCGUGGUGAUGGCGGUCAUGAUGAUCCUGAUGAUGUUCGCGGUGCACUGCACCUGGGUUACCAGCAAUGCCUACUCCAGCCCCAGCGUCGUGCUCGCCUCCUACAACCACGACGGAUCCCGCAACAUCCUGGACGACUUCAGGGAGGCGUACUAUUGGCUGAGGCAGAACACGGACGACCACUCCCGCGUGAUGUCGUGGUGGGACUACGGGUACCAGAUUGCCGGCAUGGCCAACCGAACCACUCUGGUGGACAACAACACGUGGAACAACAGCCACAUAGCACUGGUUGGAAAGGCCAUGUCGUCCAAUGAGACGAGGGCUUAUGAGAUCAUGAAGGCCCUGGAUGUGGACUAUGUGCUGGUUAUAUUCGGAGGCGUGAUUGGCUACUCAGGCGAUGACAUCAACAAGUUCUUGUGGAUGGUGAGGAUUGCAGAGGGGGAACACCCCAAGGAGAUCAGGGAAGGUGACUACUUCACCCCCCAAGGAGAGUUCCGAGUGGACAAGGCCGGCUCCAAGACCCUGCUGAACUGUCUCAUGUACAAACUCUGCUACUACAGGUUUGGGGAGAUGCAGCUGGACUUCCGAACUCCCCCUGGUUUUGACCGGACCAGGAACGUGGAGAUAGGGAACAAAGACAUCAGUUUCCAGCACCUGGAGGAGGCCUACACCACGGAACACUGGCUGGUCAGGAUCUACAAGGUCAAGAAACAGGACAACCGGGUUAGAUUAGACCACACCGUCAGGAAGACUGACAUCAAGCCCAAAACCAAGUUCACUUCCAGAAAGUCGGGAAAAAGAAAACGAGGAUUCAUCAAGAACAAGAUGUUGAUAAAGAAGGGGAAGAGACCAUCCAGCAAGAACAAGAAACCCAGCAGGAAAACCUCCUCCAAGAAGUAAACAAGAACCAGCUGUCAAUCAACCAUCUGCACCGCCCCCCCUCCCCCCUGAGGAUCCAGUAGUUCAUCCAGAGGAGAGAAGUUUUUGAGAAGAAAAAUGAAAAAAUUUGAUGUAAGGUUACAAAAAAGUGUGUAAAAAACAGUGUAUACAAAUGCAAUUUAGACGCUCCAGAACUAGUAGUAGUGAUUUAGUUUUGACCAUUAGAUGACUUGAGUGUUCACUAUCUCAGCCCGGAUUUUGCAUGGAACCCAGAAAGUACAAUGUAGCUUGAUGAAUCUACACUAUAAAACAUUAGGAAUACUAGUAGUCACUGUUGACUUGCAUUCUAUCCUGCUAAAUGCUGCUGGGGUGGGAGUCCUGAUAAUUUUUGUGUCAUGUUCAACCAACACACUAGUACAAGGAAUAAAAUUGUAGCAACACAAAUCUGCAAACAAUACAUAUAGCUGUCAUGUAACUCUGCUUUUUGUGUUGUUGAAACAUCUUACAUCAAAGAUGUAUAAAGGGAUUGGAGGCUGGUGUAGGGGUUUUAGCAUUACCAUGAUCAUUAGUACCAUAUUCAUGAUAACCCCUAAUUCAGACUCCAACUGACAUUAAUGUACAAGUUUGAAAUGAUCCUCCCUUCACAUCCCAGAAAUUGUAUCAAUUUCAUGAUACUCGGAACUAUUCAAACAUGCCUUUAUUCAUGGGUAUGUCUAAUCUAUUAAUAUGUAUAAUGACCAUGUAUUUCAAUUGUCUAUGGUCAGUAAUUCUGCCUUAUUAAUUUCAUUAGGUUGCCACAGUUUAUAUUGGCUAUUAUCUUAAAUGGAUUUAUGCAAAUGUGGGAUGAAUUUCUAUUAAUACAACAUAUCGAAGUUCUGCAUUUAUUUUUGUCUUUUCUUGGUGGAUGGACUUGUGCAAGUAUGUACAAAUUUUGAUCUGUUGAUUUGUUAUCUACUUUUUGUACGUCUACAUACAACAUCAAGUUUCACAGCGAAUAUUACCAAACUGGGUUUUGUAUUUGUUCUACAUUUAGGACUGCAUGGCACUGAAAGCCUGAGAACUCUUUCACAAUAAACAUGCAAUAAUUUA